AUCCCUUUGUUGAUUGGUCAGUCAGACAUAAAUCUGUUAACCACUAGUCAUACGAGUCAAGUAGGAAUAUUUCAGUGAUAGGUCAGCGCAGCGCUGGUCAGCGUAUAGGUUUUGUGGUGAUAGGUAAACGUCACUCACUCACACAUGACUUUUGUGGAGGAAAUUGUGUCAAAUUCGUUCCUCUCAGGUCCCUCUAUAAUUCGUAUGCAGACUUGCGGACUAUGGAUUCUGAACAGAUCCUCUAAUCUAACUUUAAAUAUGUAAUUGGUUUAUUAAUAAAUUUGUUAGGAUUAAACCCCGCCCCUUUGUUUUCAAUAUUUCCAGAUCUCUGAUUCUGAAAUAAAUAAAAUAGACUGAUGUAGAUAAAACUAUACUGAUAUGGCUGUACCUGGUAGUGAUAAUAAAGGACCAUGCUUUUGGUGUUUCAAGACUGUGAAAUGGAUACCAGUUUUAUUUAUUGCGACUAUAGUGGCAUGGUCUUAUUAUGCUUAUGUUAUCCAACUGUGCUUAAUUACAAUCCAAGAAGUUGCUAGAACAGUUAUAUAUCUUAUCUUUUAUCAUAUGUUCUUCUUCAUGUUCUGCUGGUCAUAUUGGCAAACCAUAUUCACUGAUAUAGGCAGGGUACCAAGCAAAUAUAAAAUUCCCGAUGCUGAUUAUGAAGCCUAUUUAGAGCACAAUGAUACAUAUGAAACUCAAAAUGCAAUUUUGGAAAAUUUAGCAAGGCGGUUGCCUAUUAGAAAUGUAACAGUCAGUGGGGGUGUCAGAUUUUGUGAGAAAUGCAGGAUUAUAAAACCAGAUCGAGCUCAUCACUGCUCUGUAUGUGGAGUCUGUGUUUUAAAGAUGGACCAUCAUUGUCCAUGGAUCAAUAAUUGUGUAUCAUUCACAAAUUAUAAGUUCUUUGUGCUAUUUCUUGGAUAUGCAUUAGCAUAUUGUCUUUAUAUUUCACUGACAUCUCUACCAUACUUCAUCUCUUUCUGGAGGGGUGACCUUCAAGGCAUGGGGAGGUUCCACAUAUUGUUUUUGUUUUUUGUUGCAAUAAUGUUUGGUGUAAGUUUGCUGUCCCUAUUUGGCUAUCAUUGUUACUUAGUCUGUGAAAAUAAGACAACAUUAGAGGCCUUUAGGCCGCCAAGUUACAGAGGUUUGGGUGUAGACAAAUACGGAUAUUAUGUGGGGAGGUAUAGAAACUUUCAAGAGGUCUUUGGUGACGAUCCAAAAACAUGGUUUCUCCCAAUCAGUACAAGUUUGGGUGACGGUAUAGAAUUCCCUGUACAAUCUCGCCUCCAGCAGAGCACUUAUCAUUCUAUGGACAACAUGCAGAACAGUUUGGGUGAUGGCUUAACGUUUCCUCAAAGGAUAAUGGAAGAAGACAGAGAAGGUCUACUUCAUGAACAUGGUUAUGACGAUGAACGUUACUAUAACUGAGGACACGAAUAUUUUGUUUAGUUAUUUUGCUUGGUAUAUUUUGUGUCAAACACAGUGAAGUGAGACCAUUCCAGGGUAUUUAUCAUUUUCUGCUUUGUAUCGUAGAUAUUUAUUUUUGUAUGACUUUCUAAGUGUUCCACAAUUGAUAGCAUGUAUAUAUAUAUCAUACUUAAUCAUAAUUUCAAAAUAUAUGUGAGUAGUAAUAAAUAUAAGCCCCGCACGGGUAUUGCUUAACUUGAAAAGUGACAUUUAGUCGUUUUUUUGCCAGAUUGUAGGUUUUUUUUCUGACAUAACGUAGGUUUCUCUACAAGAUGUCAACUUGGAACUAGCUGUCGUUCACUUUAUGCUCACUUCUGGCAUGGGUAGAAUGAACUUUUCGCACACUGAAAACUAGUCUGCAAGAUGACAUUUUGUGGUUUUUUACGUAAUACCCCUGCCGAUACCCAGAACAACGUGGUGUCGUAAGAGCUGACAAUAGUUAUCCCUCAUGGUGUUUUGUGAACGCUAAUAUUGUAAUUAACUCUUAUGAUGCAUGGCACGGAAAUGGAUACCUGCCUGCACGAGUUUUUCAUGUAAAAUAGGUAAAUUUAGUUGUUUUUAAGUUGUCGCUUGCAACACUACGUUGCUCGGAAAACCGGGCAAGUCUUGCAGAAAUUAAUGUGUACAAAGAUAAGUAUUUAGAACUUUUAUAAAAUUGUUAUAUGUACAGUAGAAGAGUCGGGAAAACUUUAUCUUUGAUAUUUUGUGAGUUUUGAAGGUCUUUAUUACGAGUAUAUAUAAUUCUACAAUUUCUUCUAUCUGAGAAAUAUCAAACACUGGGGUUCUUCCCGAUUACUUCAUAAUAUAGAGUUUAUCCAAUAGCAAACGUUACCGAAUUUUCCAUCUCUAUAGGAAAGUAACACUCGGACUUUGAUACAUUUUUACACAUGGUUGCUAGAAUGCUUUGUAGUCCGAUCUAUUGGCUACGAAGUUAUGGUAAAACUUCGUCUUCUGUGGCACUGGAGGUGCUGAAAAAAUAAAUAAUCAAAAAUAUAAAAAGUAUAUGUAUACAGGGUGACCCAGAAGUCGACAUCAAGUUGGAAACUGGGGAUAGGCCAAGUCAUAAUUGUUGUCAGAACAAUAUAUAAAAAAAUCCAAGUCGUGUACUUUUCAAAUUAUAUGCUUUAAAAAUCCAAAAAAUCUCCCUGUGAUGAACUUUUAGUUCCCAUUACAUAGACGGAGUGACGGACAGUGAUAUUCUCCGUAGUGACCGCAAAUAACGCCACUUUUAUUAAUUCGUGAAUGUAUUUAUUAAAUUUACAAUAAAUGUUCAAAGUGCCUUCCUUCAGCAGCAAUGCAAGCUUGUAAUCUUAAAAAUGAUCAGACGGGCGAAUUAUCCGUUAUUAACAAAUUCAGCUGCUUCCGUUAUUCUGCCCCGUAGCUCAGCUAAAUGCUCGAUUAGCUUUGAGUAAACGUUUUUUUCAUCGCUCCCCAGUAAAAAAAUCGAUAAAUCGAGUGGAUUUAAGUCAGGUGAGCAGGCUGGCCAUAAAAUUGUACCAGACCAUCUGCUAUUCCGCAUCUAGAUAUUCUCCAAUGCCGGGUCCACAUCAAAGCAACGAAACAAAAACAAGGAACAAAACAGAAACGCAACAAAACAAAAUGAAAACUAAUGUCGACAUUGCCAAGAGACAAAUUUUUUUUCAGUUGUUAUGUUUCGUGCAGUUCACACCAAAAAUUUUCAGAGUGAAGAUAUGUAGCAUUUUUACGCUGAAAGGCAGAAGCGCAAAGAUUUUAUCAUAAUCAUGUGUUUCUCCAGAGUUGUGACCGGGAAAAUAAAAAUCGUUUUUGGGUGAAACCAUCCUUUCAUGGAAGAUAUGAAUCAAAUUCAAGCGAAUAACCAUAUGAAAAUGGUAUUUACCAUUUUGGAUUGGUAUUUACCGAUCCGUUCAAACGAGUGUGUGGUUAUCAGUUUCGUUAUAAGAUCCGUGACGUCAUGAAUCAGCUGUUAUAUGUUAUAGUUCAUCGCAAAAUUGUGGUAUUUACCCAACUCAGGAGUAUGUGAUAAGUUAGAAUUUUGCCGGGUAUUGGACAUUUUUGUUGUACUUCAGCUUCAUUUUUGGGAAACUUGAUACUGGCUGACUUCAGUUGUAGCAUAAAGUAGAGCACCUUAUUAGUUAUACUCAUUACUGUUGUUGGGGACACUUUAAAUCUAGUUCCUAUGCUUAACAAAGUAUCCUGUGUUGCCAUAUACCACAAGAAUAUUAAAAUAUGGCCUUAUAAACUCACUGGAUAAUGUCCACCUGUAUACGAUUUUGCUAAUAUCUUUUUUCAUCGUUUUUCCCUAUCAUUUAUGCUAAAUCAAUAAAUGUUUUCUUUGACAUGCGGAAAGGUUAAGAGAAUUGAAAGUUAUCAUAGCUACAAAGCCAUGGUUCCGUCAUUGAAACAUUUUUUUUUUAACAUUUCUCCUAUUAAUAUUAUGAAAGGUUUCUUUUUUGAACUUUCCAUACACUGUUGUAGACGAAAAAGCACCGAUUAUUAAGUGAUAAAAAAAUAGUCAGAAGUUAUAUACGUGCUUUUCUAAAAUAAACAACUUGCAACAAAACCGCGGUUAAAACCAACGCGUUCAAGUGAUUCGAGUAACUGACGUCAUCAACCCGUGUGUCGUCUUAAGCAAUAUUAUAACCGCGGUACAUAACACAGAAAUUUUGGUUAUUCGUUUGGAUUUGAUUAUGAUCGUGGUUACGAAAAAUUAUUGUCCGAUUUGCCUAAAAAUGAUAUUGGAUUGCGAGGAGAAAUGUGUUAUAGUUUUGAGAACUUUUUAAGUUUGAAGAAUGAAUACAGCUGAUCUGUCCCGAAAUUUAUUAAAAUACCAAUUUCAGAAAUGCCAUUAACACAAAGAUAUAGGAUACUCCCUAUAUAGUUCAAUUAAUUUACUCGUGUUAUCUACACUCCAAUUUAAUUUUUCACCCGACAUACUGCGUAUUCAUUUUUAAACACCCUACACAGCGCCUUCGAAUUUGGUAGUAGUUUCUGUUUUAUAUUUGUUUUUCAACAAAGUACACAUCGCACCGACAAUGUUGCCUGAAAUGAAAACAAAACAGAAACCUUUUGAUCUCUACCGACUCGCGAGGGGAACGCCAAAAGUUGCCAGAAACAGAAACAAAACACGAAUUGUUGACGAAAUGUUGCCGAUUGGUUGCUUAAUUGUUGAAAAACAUUGAGUUGCUGUUUUGUUGGUUUGGUGUGGACCCGGCAUAACGGAACCGGCAUAGUGCGCCGGGCAGGCGUCUUGCUGGUACCACAUGUCUAUGUAAAUGCUUAGUGUUAGGUAUUCCAGUAAAUUUCGUAAAUGAUUUUGUAAAAAGUCUCAAUAAAUUUCGCCAUUCAAGAACUUUGGCAACUCAAAGGGUACAAUGAUUCUCCUAUUUGGAAUCCCGGUCCACAUAUUUACUUUAAAACGAUACUGUGAUGUAUCUUGUCUCACCAAAUGUGGAUUUACUACAUACUACUCAUGUAAACUGUGUAGAUUCAUGUAACAAUCUUUUUAAAACGUCGACUCAUCAGUCCAUACAUUUUUUUCUAAUAAUCGCGGAUCUUCCGGGUGUCUCUGUAAAAAAACUCUUGGAAAAUAAUCCCAGGCUUGUACUCGCUGAACGUGGCACAGGUGGAGCUCGUCAUCACAGGGUCUAGAUUUUCCGAUUUUCUUUAAAAGUCUAUAAUUUGAUGAGUUUUUUUAUAUUUUCCCGAUAAUUAUGAUAUGACUUGGACUAUGCCCAGUUUCCGGCUUGACGUCGACUUCUGAGACAUCCUGUAUGUGAUUAAAAAAUGUAUCAUAAGAAGUAUCAAUGUAAUUUUUUUGUUAAUUUUUACGAUAAUGGAUAAUUGGCUGAGGCGAUCCACGAGGCUUCUUCUAAAAUCUCAGUCGUUCAUUUUGAAGUUCCGUUCGUUUAUUCGGAGGCUGUGACAGAAUGUUUUCAUUUUAAUCACUAAAUCGCCACACAAAACCUUAUAAAAAAUGGUAUAGCAUUCAUAGUAGGCUAUGGCAGUAAUUCAAGAGAAAUUGAAAAUACCAAUAAUUGGAGCCUGUGUCUCAGUAAGGAAGCCUUAAAAUGUGGACGGGAGCUUAUCCAUCAAGAAUCUCAAAAAUUUAUUCAUUGGACCUGGGUUCAGAGGUUUAAACCUAAGAGCGCUCAACUGAUAGCCAUUUUAGUUGUCAGAAUUCAAGGAGAGGUAGUCUUGUAAUUGCAAAAAAAACAUAAUUUGAAACCACUCAGAUUUUGAUAAAGUUUCGACACAAAAUUAAUAGUAUUCCAAGGGUGAGAUAUUUUGAGAUAGAUAUAGAGAUGGAAAUUUUGAAAUAUUUAUUAUAAAAAAAUACAAUAACUGUCUAUUAUUAGAUCAUUCAGUACCAAAAAUGAUCUUGGAUUUUCGCGACAGUUACUCUUAAACUUGGAACAUGUCUUACAAGCUAUGCAACUUAUCAGUGAAAUUUUCAACAGAAGUUCAUCUUUUAAUUCUAAACUGCUCAUAAAUAUAUUUUUAUUUUUCAUCGUUUAUUUAUCCACUUUUAGAAGUAACUGUAUCCCCCAUUUCAUUCAUCUUGAUGUUAAUUUUUUUAUACUUGAUAUAAUUGAGGAUUUGAAUUUAUUGGAUACUUUGAUAAAAAUAAUAUCACAAGUCACCUGGACUAGACAGAGCUCAUUUGAAGACUUUUCAUUUUCAUUCUAUUCUGAUUUACCAAUCUUGAACCACGAAAAACUAGUAGCAAAAAGAAGUAAGGCUCCUUUUUUUAUACCGAGGCAGUCGCGCAGGCAGAAGCCUAAAUACUAGGACACCGCGACUGUUAUGAGGAUCUCAAAGAAAUUAUGUUAAUCCGAUUUUUGAAUUUGCCUAACGUUAGUAGAACUCGGAAAAUCUUCCUCUUGUUGAUUGUUCCAAAAUCUCGAUACCCUCAGGACAAAGGAACGGUCGUAUCGGCCAGUUCUGGAUGCACGAAGUUUGUCACAGUUACGAUGGGUGUAGAAGUGAGAUGGCACACAUCGUGCGGCGGCAUCAUGGAGGAGAGCUCUGUCGGGCAAACUCCGUUGAUGUAGCUGUAGAAGGAAGCUAGAUCGCCGACGGCCCGCCGGUGCGAAAGGGUCCCGAGACUGUCUGUUAGCGAAGAGUCAUCGGACAGCCCUCCUCUGGACAGCCUCCAGCAUAAGUAAUGUAGUCGGGGCGGCAGCACCCCAAACGUGUGAGCAAUACUCGAGGCUAGGCGUUAUCUGUGCCUUGCAUAGAGUGAGAUGGUCAUGCAGAGAAAAGAGCUUUAGCCCUAAACAAAUAAACUAGUUUUUUCUCAGCAGCUACCUAUAUUGCCAAGAUGUGUACGUGCCAGAUCAAGUCCUCGGUGAUCUGCACUCCGACCAGUCGAAAUGAACUGCUCUUUGGCAGAACUCGACCAUCCAUCGAUACCGGAUGGAAGCUAGGAUGCUUGUUGUUCGUCAAGGUACAGUACUGUGUUUUGGAAGCAUUAAACUGUUCAAGAUUGUUGCGUCUCCAAGCAGUGAUAACCUCUAGGUCUCUCGUUAGAGAGAUCUUCGCUAGUCUGCUUUUUUCAGCUCACUGGCAGAAAUCGGCUUGUCGCUCUGAAUUCCUGCAUGUAGUGUGCUGUCAUCAGCAAAGCUGUGGAUUGAGUUGAUCGGACAAAAAAGUAGGUCGUUAACAUGUAAGUGGAACAGUGUCGGAGCCAAGACCGAUCCCUGGGGAACACCAGCGUUGACGUGGUGGGGUGAAGAGGAGAACCCGUAAAUUACGAUGGAUAACUUGCGGCCAAAGAUAUAGAGGGUCAGCAAUCUGCAGUGUUUCUCUAGUUGGCCAUAGGAUAAGCUUUGCAUAAGAGGGCAGCAUACAAGCGGUGACUUUCCAGGUAGUCCAUAAGCUCGCGAUUUUAGCCCAACCAAAGCUGAUUACGGGCAUUGAAAUCAGCGAGGAAAACUACCUCUGAACCGGAGUGAUUGAUGUACAGUAAGUCGAUCUUGACAGGGAAGUAUUCAAGUAGAACAUCCCAGUUAUGAUUCGAGAGAGAUCGAUAAAGACAGCAAAUCAAUUUGGUGGAUGUUUUUUUGGAGUCGAUUCGAAGUCACAGAAUGGCCUUUCGGUCUGAUUCCAAAGAAACGUCUUUGGAGCAGGAAAGACUGCUGCGGACAAAAGCCACAACUUCCCCGUUCUUCCUCAGAUUGGAGUGCACCUCGUAAUUUGGGACUGUACAUUAGCUCUUAAAACUUGGAAAAAAUCCUCGGGAGACGGAUCGCGUACCGCUCGUCUGUUGCUGCUGGCAUCGUACGCCUACCUUGAUAAAUAUUCAAUAUGGAGUCACACGUAUCUCUGAAACAGCAUAGUGUUUUGCUUUGACCACGCUACCACGGUGCCACGUCUGCCCGAGUUAGGUAUCGGAAAGAGGCGAUGUUUCCAGAUGUACUACCGGUAGGCAACGAAAGAAUGUCUAUGGACCAAUUGUAUGGACCUGUUUGACUGACAACGGGUCUACUUUGUGCUGAACAUAUUCCUUUAUUUACUGAUAAGGGCGUUGCAUGGAAAGUGCACGCCAAUUUUUUAGUUGUUUCCAUAAUUUGAAUCGCUUAUAAUUCGAAUUUGGUCCACGUUAGAGAGAAUAUUGCUACACCUAAAAAACUUUACCUGGAGCGACCAAAACGAGUCUUUGUAUUUAGUUUAAAAAAAUUCUUGAACACAUUUGCAACGGGUUAUUGACCGACAACCUCUUGAUUCAUGUUAAAGGACAUCCAACAAAUAUGAUUGUGAGAAACAAUCGAGUUGGAAUUUCUCCCACGGAUGCGAGGUUUUCUCCUGGUCUAAAGUUUCUUAAAGGGUUAAUAAUGGGAGAAAUGAUUCAUGAUUCAAAUUGAUGAGACUGAUUUGUUUUUAAUUUUUCCUAUCCAAAUUUAAUUACAAUUUUACAUUGUCACUCUCAAAAUAUCUUCCGAUUCCUCCACUCCUCAUAGCAGUGUUGGAAGUCCGAUACUGGAAUCGCCUUCAGCUGGGCGGUUACAGCCGUUUGAAUAUUUUCGACUGUCCAAAAUGUUCCCUUGAGGUGAUUUUUCAACUUCGGGAACAGAAAAAAGUCACAAGGACUCAAGUCAGGUGAAUAAGGAGGCUGAGGAACCACAUGGAUAUUUUUAUUGGCCAGAAACUCGUUUAUGGACAUUGCUGUCUGACAAGGAGCAUUAUCGCGAUGCAACACUCAGUUGUUCUUGAUCCCAAAUUCUGUCGAUAUUUUCAUCGGUUCUUGAAGAUGAAUGCCUUCCGCUUCGUGAUUCAUCUUCGACUCUCUUCCUUCUGAAAAUGCCUUAAACCACCGAAAAACCUGAGGUCUUUACAACACACUAUCUCCGUAGGCCUGCUGAAGCUUAGCAAGAGUUUCCAAGGCACUGAGCCCAAGUCUGAAGCACACCGUUGCUCGAACUUGAUGUCACUCGUUUUUAGAACACAAUAAAAAAAACUGUUUCACAAAAAAAAUCGCUACGGACAACCAAAUUACUCGAGCGAGUUCAAACUUGUAUUGAAGGCGGAUCACAGGUUCCCCUAUCUUCCCUCCAAGCCAGGUCGAACGCUACGUUGCCAGUCUCAUCACUUAGUUUACAGACCCACUCAGACGAAACAUUGUUUUUCUGUUAUCCGAAACAUAUAGAGUGAGUGUCAUUAUAGACUUCCUCAUGGUAACUGGAAUAUUGGAACUUUUUACUCGCAAGUUAUAUCAAAUAACAUCACAAUUUCAUGAAUUUUUUUCAAUACUUUUCAAUAAACAAAACACGAGAGGUUGGCAACUUACUGACGUUUCGACUGUCCCAGCAGCCUCUUUCAAGGUAUUUAUUUACAAAGGUAUAAAAAUGAAAACUAAAUCAACUGUAAAACUUUAAAAAAUUAGAAAACAUGUUUAUUAACAUUUUUUAACUUGUACUUUGUCAGGGCAGCCGAAUCGUCAGUCAAGUAAUUUGGUAAUUGGCCAAGACGGCAUAACUCUGUCAUUGGGAAGGCAACGUAUAUGUUGCAAACCUGGGAAAAUGGAGAUCUCUUACAUUUCCUGAAAAUAUGCACACAUAAGGACCUUUUAAUCAGGGAUAAAUAGUAAAAAAGAUACAAAAUGCUCAGGAAAUUCAUCCGGUCUCCAAAAUCCCAUGCGUGAUCUUUUCUGGACACUGUCUACCUAGAUAAAUAAACUAUUAUUUUAAAAUUUGUAUAAGCGGGUAAUAAGCUCUGAAAUUUACGAAAGCAGAUUUAUAUCAUAUAAAUAAGAUCUUUUUGUUAAAUGUUUAUGUAUUUUUCAUUAUGAAUGUGUC